GCCGUACCCCCCUCCGGCGGCGGCGCGAUGGUGCGGGCCGGCCGGGGAGGUGUGGGCUCGGGGUUUGAACCCGCCAACUUCUCCAGCGGUCAGGGGCGAGAGCCAGGGCGCCGGCGAGGGCGAGAUCCCGAGGACGAGCACUGUAGAGCUCCCGGGCCCGGGCGCCCUCCCCGCCAGCUCCCCCUUCUGGGGCCCUCGGAGGUGAUGCGCAGAGCUGAAACCAUGGUUCAUCAGGUGCUCUACCGGGCGCUGGUCUCCACCAAGUGGCUGGCGGAGUCGGUUCGGGCUGGCAAGCUGGGGCCAGGCCUGCGGGUGCUGGACGCGUCCUGGUACUCGCCGGGCACCCGCGAGGCCCGCAAGGAGUACCUAGAGCGGCAUGUGCCCGGCGCCUCCUUCUUUGACAUAGAGGAGUGCCGCAACACGGCGUUGCCCUACGAGAUGAUGCUGCCCAGCGAGGCCCACUUCGCCGACUACGUGGGCCGCCUGGGCAUCAGCAACCAGACGCACGUGGUGGUGUACGACGGUGACAACCUGGGCUGCUUCUAUGCGCCCCGGGUCUGGUGGAUGUUCCGUGUGUUUGGCCACCGCACCGUGUCAGUGCUCAAUGGCGGCUUCCGGAACUGGCUGAAGGAGGGCCACCCGGUGACAUCUGAGCCCUCACGCCCAGAGCCGGCCGUCUUCAAAGCCACACUGGACCGCUCCCUGCUCAAGACCUACGAGCAGGUGCUGGAGAACCUCGAGUCUAAGAGGUUCCAGCUGGUGGAUUCACGGUCCCAAGGACGGUACCUGGGCACUGAGCCAGAGCCAGAUGCAGUAGGACUGGACCCGGGCCACAUCCGAGGCUCAGUCAACAUGCCGUUCAUGGACUUCUUGACCGCGGACGGCUUCGAGAAGAGCCCAGAGGAGCUGCGUGCUAUGUUCGAGGCCAAGAAGGUGAACCUAGCACAGCCCCUCAUUGCCAUGUGCCGGAAGGGAGUCACCGCCUGCCACAUCGCCCUGGCCGCCUACCUCUGCGGCAAGCCGGAUGUGGCCGUCUAUGAUGGCUCCUGGUCUGAGUGGUUCCGCCGGGCACCCCCGGAGACCCGUGUGUCCCAGUGGAAGCGCGAGAAGGCCUGAGUGGUGGGCCUCCUCGCUGGCUGGCAGCUCCCAUCUGUUUAGUGACCGCAGCCUGACAUGCAGCGCAUACCUCUUCAGCAAAGGAGACUGACCACGUUUUAGAAUUGCUAUGCAAAGCUCUCCUUUCCCCUGAAACACUGGAAUAAAUUGCCUUUUCUGAGUA